AUUUCAUUGUUGGCGUCGUUGCGCGGGAUGUCAUUUCAGAAUUAGGAGUUCGAUAUGGGCGAAAUGGAAUAGUCAUUUUAAACUGAAUUUAUGUUGAACGAAGUAUUUAUUUAAACCGCUUCGAAUCGUUUAUUCCAUCACAAGUUUGAAUGAUUAGGAGAACUUAGAAUAUUUUUGGAUGUGUGAAAAUAUAAGUGAAAUGCCAUAAGUAUUUUUUAACCAAAAAAGCAAAUUAGUUACAUUUCCAAUCUGUCAACAUGGCGGAGGUAUAUGAUAUUUUCGACAAAUUCUGCAUUCACUAUUUCAACAGCAGCUAUUGCCCUUAUGGUGAUCAGUGUUCAUAUCCACAUAAAGGACAAUUUGAAGUAGAACAGAUUCAUUACACACCAGGCAACGAAUAUUUUGUGGGACAUAUUAGAGUACACCACAGAAUAUGUCGAUUCUUUUUGAGAGGUAAUUGCGUCCAUCAAGAGAAUUGUCGUUAUCGUCAUGAAAUGACUAAUGAAAUACCUAGUGUACAAAAAGGAAUAGAAAGAUCAAGUAGAGCACCAAGAGCAAAUGCUCACUGUAUGCCAUCUACAUCCCAGUCAGAAACCGUAACAAAUAAGAAUUCCAUAAAUAAUAGCAGAGAUUUGCAAAACAAAGAAAGAAUUAUACCCUGCAUUAAAGAUAAAGACAAUAAACCUCAACCUGAUGGAGAUAAAGUAGAGGAAGGUGCUUGUGCUUCCCCGCCAUUAACUGAUAUUUACGAUUCUUGGGUUAAUGCCCCCGAAUUUGUGCCAAAAAGUUCAAAACCAAAAAGUUAUGCAGAAGCUCUCAGUUCUGAAUCAGUUGCCGAAAAUAAUGCAAAUAAAAAGCUGUGUCCUUAUCUCAGCAAAGAUGGCUUGUGUAAAAAUUUGACUGUUUGUAACUACGUCCAUGGGGAAAUGUGUGAUAUGUGUGAAAGACUUAUUUUACAUCCUUAUAAUGAAGAACAGCGGAAAAGGCAUCGACAAGAAUGUUUAAAGCAACACGAAAGAAACAUGGAAUUAUCCUUUGCUGUUGCAAGGUCUCAAGAAAAAACAUGUGGUGUAUGCUUUGAAGUUAUUAUGGAAAAAACAAAUGGAGAACAAAGAUUUGGUAUUCUGCCAAACUGUAACCACUGUUUCUGCUUAAGUUGCAUUCGAAAAUGGAGACAAGCUCGUCAAUUCGAAAAUAAAAUAAUCAGAGCUUGUCCUGAGUGCAGAGUCACUUCAGAUUUCGUCUGUCCAAGUAUGUAUUGGGUUGAUACCAAGGAAGACAAAGAUAAAUUAAUUGAAGAUUAUAAAAAGGCAUUAGCAAAAAAAGACUGCAAAUACUUUAAAAAGGGACAAGGCAAUUGUCCAUUUGGAAACAAAUGUUUCUACCUUCACGCCUUCCCCGAUGGCAGAAAAUGUGAUGUUGGGCCACCACCAAGACAAAGGCGUACUAGAAAUGCUGACACUGAUAUGGAUGUCCUUCAGCAGGUGAUGCUAUGGGAUUUUCUCGACGAACGAGAUUUUCCAUGGCAAUCUCUGGCAGAUGAUUUGGAGGAUCUAGUUUCUUUUUUUACAGAUUCAGAGGAUUCAGAUUUUUCAGAUUUCGAAUUCUUUUUAGAUUAGUCUUUACAUAUAGUUAGAAUGCCGAGAUAUUUUGAUUACAUUAAUAGAUUUUAUUUUUAGGUUUUUCCUGAAUUCUGAAGCAGAACAAUAUAUGUCGAGAUAUAUGCUAUUAUCGAAUUAUUUGUAGAAUAAUUAAUGUAUAUAUUGUUAGUUGAUAUUUCCAAACCAGUUUCUCAACAGAGUGUGAGCAACAAUGACUUUUCAUUGCAUUGCUUUGUAAUUUUAUUUGUUCCCGUUUCGGUUUUGGGUGCGUGUUUAUAUAUUCUAGCUAUUCAAUGCAAACUGAAAUGCAAAGUAUAUAAAAUAUAUUUUGGUGCUCAUUUGUGGACUUUUUGUCAAGCGUUUUAAACAGAAUGUACCUUGUUCAUUGUAUUAUAUGUGUUAGUCCAGUUAUUUUAUAAAAAAUUUUUAGUGGGCGAAAGGAAUUGAAUAUUUGUUUUUUAUUGAAACCUUAGUUCUAAUAAGAAAACCAUGUAAGACUUGUAAAAGACAAAAAAGUUGUGGUAACUAGUAAAAAACUUCGAGUAUAUAUUGAAACAAUGAAUUGAAAAAAUAGCCGAAACAAUUUUUCUGUCUAUAAUCAACCCUUUACUGGUUUUGUACAAAAUUCGUGUGCGUUUAUUUCCAUUUAUGUUUUUUUAAAGCCUUGCCUUUACAUAUACAUAUUGGCAAAAAUUUUCUCAACGUGGAUAAUUUUUUAUUUUAAAUUGAAUUUUAGUCGUCUUCUCAAUGUUUCCAAUUAUUUUCUUAUUACUUUUAAAUUUUUUUGUUUUAUAACGUAUAAAUCUUCAUUUUUGUUCUGUUCAUCUUCACUACCUUUAUCAUAUACUAUACCAUCAACUCAACAUCAUUAAAUUUUGUUAUCAAUUAUGAAUCUUAGACAUAUAAAGGAAAAUAAUAGUCUCACAUUUUUUAUCAAUGGUAAAGGUAAGAUGAUAAAGCUUUAGGUUUUGCUAGUGCGCACAGUACUGCAAAUGUUUUACAAAAAAACACAUUCUUGAAUUCAGACCAAAGAAUCAAUAUGUUCUCAAAAAUCUAUUCUUCCAUUCAUCUAAGCCUUUCUUACAUGUUUCAAUUUUGAUUAUCCUAGUUUCCAUUUUCAAAGACAUGAAAUUACUUACCUCUGUACCAAAUUUUGUUUAAUGGCAUAUUUUCACCCAUCCGUACAGUUUUUUAUCUUAGUCGGAUUUUUUUGGAAUGGUUAUUUCAUACCGACUUUUACUACAAUUAAACAAACACUUCAAUUGCCCUUGGAGGACCAAUUGUUGGUGUAUUGGUAAUAAACAGUUUGUUCAAUAUUUUUUAACUACUAUACGAAAUUUGUACACAUCAAUACAACCUUGUAAGUUUUUUUUUUUCAAUAAAUGCUAACCAAUUCACAAAAGCACAGUGAAUACACUGAAACUAUAAUAAACUAAAGGUAUUAGUACAAAAUAGCAUUAUUGAAUUAAGCAUACUGAAAUUUUUGUGUAUUGGUAAUACUUAAGUUAUUGAUUUGUAAUUGAAAAUUUUUGAUAUUUUAUGUAUAUAUUUAAAUUACAAAAAAUACCAGUAAUUUUCAUUAAUUUAUAACAGAGUCAAAAUGCUGUUAUUUUUUCAUUCAUUAAAUUAAGAACUUCCUCAUUAUAUAAAAUCGUCUAUUGAGGUCCAGUUUAUAUCAUUUAUGCUGAUGAUUCAUACUCCUGUCCAAAACUGGUUCUCAAAACGAUAAAAAAAAGUUCUCUAAAAUUUUUCAUUAGAAAUUUUCCAAUUGCUUUUCUUAUAUUUAAAGAAACGCAUUGGUUCCAUCUAAUUAACAUUUUUACUUUUUCUUUGAAAUAUGUGAAGCCCGAACAUACAAAGUAUGGAGUUUUUUUUAAAUCAAAUAUGAAAGGUAAAUUCAAAAACACCAAUAUUAGAUGAAAUGAUACCUCAACAAACAGUAAUACUUUGACAUUUUGACACAUUGUAUUUCGUUGUACUAGUCUUGAAUUUAACAUGUCUUGUUAAAUUCAUAAAGGCAGUUGUAGGAUUUCUACAGUUGGUACCGUCUUUCAUCUCCCAACUAUCUUCAAUUUCCACAUCUACGUUUUUUUCCAUAAAUGUUAUAGUUAUUUUACGUUUCCUUUUACAUAUAGGAUUCCAUCUUAUUCUUUUAACCCACACUAUUUCACAACAUAGAUGUUUUAUCCCCUAUACGACACAAAAACACAUUUUCUGUUUACAUUUCGCCUUCUUUGUAUUCCGUCUAGUGUAUUUUUUAAACUACACAUGUACUUUAAAUUGAUAUCAAUCACAAGAAUUGAUAUGAACAUUAAAGAAAAAAAUACAGGAUAAUUAAAUGAAGGUAUACAAGAUACCGUUGAGCUCUUUUGAAAAUAAAAAUCAUUUUUCAAAUACUGACAUAAUUUUUACGGAUUAUUUACAGAUUGACUGUUAACAAGAAUAUAUACAUAUAUUAUACAAACAGGGCGAUCCAAUAUUUCUUAUGAGGCGAGUGGAAAUUGAGUUAUUUUGUGUUGGUUUUAUAGUGUGAAGCAAACCGCUUUUUCUGAUUUCAGUGGUAAUAACUAUCUGAACAUUUAAUAAGACAAGUUUAAUUGAAGACUAUUGAUAUGAUUUCUAGUCAAUAAAAAUUAAUAUUUACAUCAAAAUGUCAAAUUGCAGCUGAUAUAUAACAUUUUUAUUCUUUUAAUGUAAUAUGGAUUAACAUUAAUUUAUGUCGGAUUAUGACAGAUUUCCUUAUUUGAUGUUAUUUAUUUCGAUUGCAAACUAUAACUAAUUCUUUGAAUGUGGGGUCUAUUACAUAAUCCUCCCUCUCCUAUUCAAUGUUCUCUGAAUUUUUGUUAAUUUCUUUAAUGAAGAUAAAUUGUUUUCAAUUACUUAGUACAUUAGUUUUUCCCAGUUUUCCUUAUAGCUAAAAUAAUUAUUAUUCAUUUAACGUUUAUUAGAAUUUCCUAUAUUCUUUGAAGUUUCUUUCUUCUAUUAUUGAAGAUAUUUACAUCUGUUACAUAAUUCCUUUGAUAGUUUGAAGAGUUUUCAUUUUUUUUUUUUAAUUUGUUUGGUACUUUACAGCUUUUCUGUAUUAUUAUUUCUUACAGUUAUUGCUAUUAAAACCAAUAUUAUAAGUUACUUAACGUUUUAUUGUAAUUCAAAUGUUUUCAAAAUUUUUCUCAUGAUUAUUAUUUACAUCACUUGUUUUUUUAUGACUAAGUUUUUUAUGUUUAUUAUUGAAUUUAUUUACAUCCUUUAUAAAAUUUUUCGAAUAUAUCGAGGAGUUUUCACUUGUUUCUUAACUAUUGAGUAUUACUAGUUGCUCCGAAUGUUCCACAUAGCAAAAGCAGUAUCAUUGUUGAAUUUUCUUCUGCAUUUUUUAUUUAUAUGUUCAUACUUUCAUUAUUCAAUUUAAAUGAUAGUUGAAAAAAUUUGUUGCUUAAUUUUUUGGGUAUUGUAUUUUCCUCGAGUAAAUUUAUUAUACUUAUUUAUUCUUCAAUUAUUUUCAUAUCGAACUAGAUUCCACAAAAAGAUGUUUUUACUUUCAUAUACGAUUUGGUUUUACUUUUCUUCAUGUAAAUAUAACAAAAGUUCAGUUAGUUAAAAAAAGCUCCAGGUAACAUUAAAAAGUAGAAGACUAUGUAAUGAUACAGCAGUUAACACGAAUAAAAAUUUAUAUUAACGUAUUAUGACAAAACCGCACAAGAAAACUAAAUCGAGAAAAUUAGCUUUUUGCUGAUUUUUUCAUAUAUAUAUCGUGGGCUGAGAACCAGAGGGUUCCAAGCGCCAAAUUCAAAAUUGUUCAAAAAAUCGAUAUUAAUGUUUGGCAUUCUUAAAAAUGUGUUAAACAAAGUAAUUAUUCAAUUUUGAAAGGUUAUUUGUUGAGUUACUUGUACUUAUACAUUUUCAUAUAGAUUAGUCAAAAAAGUAAAAUAAAUUAAAGUUUGAAUACUUGACUGUACUUAGAACCUUAUGACAACUUAAAUGUAGAGAACCAGAAGUUUCCAAGCGAUUGUUUAAUAAUAAUGGAGUUACUUUUUUAAGAAAUAUUCAUGAAAAUAAACACCUCAUAAGAGAAAUGCUUUUAUUUAAAUAUGCAUAAGUACAAUUCAAACAUUAUUUAAUUAAAUUCGAACAACACAGCUUAAAAAAUUUAGUGAAAUAAAGAAAAUGAUGUUAUUUUUUUUAAACUCUGAAAUGAGGGCUUUCAUAUAUGUUUUGUCUUCAAGUAGCAUCCACUUAUAAGCAAACUCCAUUGCAUCGAUUUUUUGGCUUGUAAAACUCUUCGUUUUAAAAUUUUUUACUUGCUCGAUUUUAAAAGAAGAAUCCAGGUUUUGUUCUUCAGGUGUAAUUUUGUUACCUUUUCGUUUUCGUUUCUUUCUUCACAUUCGUUCUUAUGAAUUGUGAAGAAUGGUUUUCUAUUUUAUAGUGGACUACCCUGCAAAAACUUUAAUUGGCAGACUUUGUUGUAUGGAACAUUGCCAUAAUUUUAAUUUAUCAAUCAAAAAAAUGUUUGGGCCUCAUGUUAAUGAUGCAAAAAGGCUUCUUUCUAUCGGUCUUUAGCAAAAGUUUUGUGACUGCAAGUGGGUACCAUAUAUCUUGUACUCGCAUAAAUUUCUCGAUACGGGAAUGAAUGUUGUCAACAACCUGUAUACAGGAAUGCCCGGGUAAAGAAUAUUUCAUUGUAAUUUGUUUAAUGUGUUGAUGCUUCUGUAAGAAAUUGGCUACAGCUAAGGAAAUUAAACUGUUCCUAUUUUGAGGAACACAGCUGUCACUCCAGGUUAUUAUUUCCGUUAUGUUGGGAUUGUUUGAAACAAUUUUUUCAAGAAUUUGCAUCAAUGCGCUUGCCAAGUCAUUGCCUGAUCUUCCACAUGUAGUUUCUGGCCAAACAGCGCAAUAACAUUGCUUGUCAUAGGAAUUAUAUGCAGUUAAGUUAUAUACAUUCAUUUUUUGCUUGUAAAAGAGGACUGAAACCUCUGAUUUUGGUACAUUUAUAACAUUUUGUAAAUCAACACAGACGACGAUAGCACAGUUCAAAUCUGUAUUUUUACCAUCCUGUUCUCGCUCUGUUCUCAUUAUAUUUUUCUUUAAAAUGUGCUGCCUAUUUGACAAUUCCAGUUCUUCACUCAUUCUAUUUUCCCGCUGGGCAAUUUUAUACUCUUCACAGAAAUCACAUCGGUCACUUUUUGGUUUAAGAAAAUCUAGAUUAUAUUCAUAGUUAAAAAUGUGUCUGUACAACGAAACACUUUGUGGAGGAAUUUGUUUUUCUAAACAAGAUUUAACAUAUAAGUCAUACAUUUUGUUAAUGUUUAGUAAAGGAUCAAGGUACUGUUUAUUCAAAUCGGCUCUACAGUAAUGAGAUUGGACGUGAGGAAAAUCCUCUAUGUGUUGCCUUAUUUCAUAUUCACUUUCCUUUGAUAUACGAUCUUUGGUAUAUUUCACUCGCUGGUCACUUUGAGGUGUACCUGCGUCGGAUUUCUUCAAAUAUACAUUAUAUACUGGCUUUUGGCUUACACACAAUGUGGUCAGAAAAAAACUUUUGCAUACUCUUAAUUUUUCGUUCUCUUUUUUAAAAAAGUACUCAAAUGAAAAACAUCGGUAGUUUGUAACACUACUUCGUUUUCGCUUUAUUAGUAUUCUUUUUGUGUUGUUUAAUAAAAAAUACUGUUUUCCAUUUUGAUCCAUAGAGUAAUAAUAUUUUUUUAUUUCUUCCUUUUUCUCAGGUGAAAAAUUUUUUCUGCACUGAAAUCUGCAGCUUUCAGGGCAAUAUUUAUUUUCGUCAAUCUUUUUUGCAGGUUUUAAUUCUCCUUUGGUGUAUAUAUAGCUUUGUACUAUUGUAUCUUCUUACUCCUGCUACACCCUUUGCUUUUAGGCGAGAAAGAGAUUCUUCAUGCUCUGAAUAUUCGCUCUCCAAGCUGCUGUUGCUUGACUGCAAUAAGUUUCUAAAAACAUUGACGUUAAAAAUCUGUAAAUAUAUAGAUUCAUAAACAAACCGUUUUUUAUCUUCAUAGUCUGGCACAUAUUCUGAUCCAGAGCUUGUAAAGUCUUCAAAAGACCCUUCUUGUGAAGUACGUGUAAAACAGGCACAAACAUUGAACUCGACACAUAAACGAUUACUUGGUUGUCGCUUGGAACCAUAUGAUUCUUAAUAAUGACGUUGACUGUCGUUUGGAACUAUCUUGAAAAUUAAAUAUUGGCGCCAUCUUUGAGAAUGGGCUCAAAGUUUGUAUAGCAAACAAUGCAGGUUUCUAUGGAUCUUUUCUUAUAAAAAACGUAUUUUAAAAUAAAUGUCGCUUGGAACCCUCUGGUUCUCAACCCACGAUAUACAUUAUUUAUUUUCAAAUUUGAAAGUGAUAUUCAAGUAAAGUCUAAUCUCUACUAAAAGUGCAAGAUUUUUAAAAACCCUAAUAAAUUCUUAAUCAUAUAAAAUGUCAAGUUAUGCUGAACUGUAUUUUUUGAAAACGUUUUAAUAAUUUUAUGAUUUCCUGAGUGUGAACAAUUUUCUACUAAUCACCUUUUAAAUUUGUGUAUUACCAAAUUGUGAUUGGCCUCUCUAUAUACAGUAGUCUGUAAAAUAUAUAAUAUUUAUAUAUAAUAUAUAUUAUAUAAUACAUUAGUACCAUGUAUAUAAACUGGCUAAAUCCAUUUGUUAUUUUUAUUUGCUGUGGCUUUAUCUUGUGUUUGUUUUGUCAUGGUGUCGUUUAUGAAUUUCAAGUGUUUUUUUUUUCAGAAUAUUCUGGCAAAUAUCAGAGUUGGUUGUGAUAAAUCUCUUUCGGUUAAUAUUAAUAAAUAUAUGUAACUUAAUAAAUAUUUUAUUGCUAGA